CUGGUCCAGGCGGAAAUGGAGCGCCUGCUGGACAUCCUGCCCCCUCGCGUUAAGAGCAGCCUGCUGACCCAGGAGAAUCUGGCCGACCUGCUGGAGGUAGUGCUGGACUUGGGCCGCCUGCCCGAAGCGCGUUUUCCUGCCGGGGACGUGCUUCUGGACGAUGAGGAGGUAAGCCGGGACGACCUGGACUACUUGAUAGAGCAGAUAGGCGAUUUCGGCGACGACAACCGGGCCGGAAUGGAGCGGACGCUGCACCGUAUUUCCGCCAUCCGGAACCGCAGGGGCCAGGUGGUGGGCAUAACCUGCCGCGCCGGCCGUGCCGUGUUUGGCACCAUCAAGAUUAUCGAGGACCUGGCUUUCGCCAACAAGAACAUCCUGCUGCUGGGGCGGCCCGGCGUGGGCAAGACCACCAUGCUGCGGGAGGUGGCCCGUGUGCUGGCCGACAGCGCCCGCAAGCGGGUGGUUAUUGUAGAUACCUCCAACGAGAUUGCCGGCGACGGCGACGUGCCCCAUCCGGCCAUCGGACACGCCCGCCGGAUGCAGGUCGCCACGCCCACCAGGCAGCACGGGGUGAUGAUCGAAGCGGUGGAAAACCACAUGCCCCAGGUCAUCAUCAUUGACGAGAUGGGCACCGAGGAAGAGGCCGCCGCCGCCCGCACUAUCGCCGAGCGAGGCGUUCAGCUUAUCGCCACCGCCCACGGCAACACCCUGGACAACCUCAUCCUCAAUCCCACCCUUUCGGACCUGGUGGGAGGAAUACAGUCGGUGACCCUGGGAGACCAGGAAGCCCGUUACCGAGGCACUCAAAAGACAGUUCUGGAACGCAAGGCCCCGCCCACCUUUGACGUAGUUGUUGAAAUCCAAAGCUGGGAACAGGUUGCGGUACACGACGGCGUUGCGCAGGUAGUGGACCAGUGGCUGCGCGGUUAUCCCAUUGCGCCGGUAAUUCGCAGUUUGGACGAUGGCGGCGAGGUUAUCGAGCAGCAGGGCGACCCGCGUCCCAACUCCAACCCUCCAGCCCCCUGGACCCAGGAGUUAAACGGCAGGAACCAGGAAUACGGCCAGGGCGGUCGCCGCCCGGACCGGCGCCAGGGAAGGCAGCAGGACCGGUAUCAAGAACGACACCAGGUACAACACCAGGAACGGCAGUCUGGCCAGGUUCCCGCGCCUCAGACGCGCUUCCAGGCAAGUUACCUGGAUGACGCUGUCAACGGAGAGGCGGCUGUCGGCACGGACUCAGGCGAGCGGACAGACUCAACCGACGAGAACGGCGCCCGCAAGCUGGAAGCCCAGGUGUUCCUCUUCGGGGUUAGCAAGGACAAACUGGAGGUUGCCCAGUCGGAAAUGGGGCUAACCCUGGGCGUCGUCAACGAGUUGCGCCGGGCUUCCCUCGUACUGACCACCAAAACCCAUUAUCGCCGGGGCGCCCAGUUGGUGCGGUCGGCAGAGUCCACGGGCACACCCGUCUAUGUGUUGCGCAAGAACACUCUGCCCCAGUUGAUGGACUUCCUGCGCGCGCUGGCCAAGGAGCAGGGAAUACCGUUUAGAGGCAUGGGACGGGCCCGGGAAGACCACGCCUCCAAGGAAACCCUGGAUCAGGCCAUGCUGGAGGCCGAAGAGGCGGCGCAGCGAGUACUGGGCGGCGAGUUCAGCGUUCAGCUAAACCCGCAACGGGCCUACGUCCGUCGGUUGCAGCACCUGUUGGCCCAGCGAUUCAACCUGGCCUCAACCAGCCGGGGACGGGAGCCUGAACGAUCGGUGCUCCUUUACAGACCGUGGCCAGUGGCAGGACUUUUCAUAGCAUUUGAGGGUGGAGAAGGGGCCGGGAAGACGACCCAGGCCUCGCUGUUGCGGGACAGACUGGAAGCGUCUUCCGUUCCCUGUGAACUUUUUCGAGAACCCGGCGGUACCGUGCUUGGUGAAUACCUGCGAACUUAUCUCAAGAGCCACCGUCCCACGACACCGGAAGCUGAAUUACUAAUGUUUGAGGCCGCCCGCACACAACUAGUUGUCGAAAAGAUUCAGCCAGCUCUGGAAAAUGGAAAAACGGUAAUAGCCGACAGGUUCUCCGCCUCAACAGUUUCAUAUCAAGGUCAUGGCAGAGGCAUUGACCUAGGGGUGGUAACUGCCCUGAACGGUUUCGCCACCCAAGGGAUAACUCCUGACCUAAUUUUCCUGUUGGACGUGGCUCCUGUGGUCGGCCUCAGCCGCUCAACCGGAGGGCUUCAACUGCCCUUUGAAAUGGACUGGGCUGCUAGUAUCUCUCCAAUUAAGCGAAAGGUCGAUGAUAGAAGAUUUGAGGACCUGGACCUCUUCUUUCAUGAGAGAGUACGUCAGGGCUUCCUCGCACAAGCCGGCGCCAAUUCCCAACAGUGGGUGGUCAUAGACGCUGCGCUCAGUCUAGAAGAAGUCACAGAGAGAGUUUGGGAGAAUGUACAGCACCUGAUCACUCCUGUCGUCCGUCCUAUCAAAGCAACUCCCGCUCAACCAAUACCCCAAGCUGAGCUGUGGUCGGAAACAGUUGAGGCCGCACCAACCAGGCAAUAG